AUGGGCGGUGGGAAGGCAGGCGGAGCCGGGAUUUGCGGAGGAGCUCGGUGGCAUGCUACCUGGUCGGCGGCGCUGGUGCUUCUAACGAUACUGGGAUUUGCGACGUGGGAUUCGUUUCACGCCAGCAAUCGGACGAAAUGGUGGAGGAGAAGCGAACUCGUGAUUCUCGACAAAGGAUCCGUCUCCUCAUCUUCUUGUAGUCACAGCUCGUCUUUUUACAAUCACGGAGUUUCCCUGCAUAGCCAACAACAAGAGGAGUCGAAUGAGCAGGUUGGAGAGGUGCUGUCCGCUAGGUCUCCCCUAAGAGCUGACUCGGUAGCUCGCGCGCUGUAUUCGGGGAAGAAGUGCAAGUGGAUUUCACUCAACUGGGCGUGCGCGCGCAGCAACCGCCCGCGCGAGAUGCGCCAGUACGAGCGCCUGCGCUGGCAGCCGCGCGGGUGCAACGUGAAGCGGUUCAGCGCGGAGGGCUUUUUCCGCAGAAUGCGCAACAAAAGCCUUGCCUUUGUGGGGGACUCCCUGGGCCAGCAGCAGUUUCAGUCGCUUCUCUGCCUGCUCUCCCCAAAAGGCCCGCCCAAAAACAUGUCCGACCCCUCAUCCCCCAUCCAAGACGUGGGCCCGGAUUACGGUUUUUUUCAGCUGCCCGGAGCCCGCCGUCCGAGCGGGUGGGCAUACAGAUUCGUGAAGUAUAACACUACAGUGAUUUUCCGCUGGACGACGUGCUUAUGCGAAAUCGAGCCGUUCAAUAAGGAGGACUGGAAGCAGGGGCAGGCGAUGCACUUAGACCGGCCCGACCCUUUCUUAAGAGACUUUCUUAAGCAGCUGGACGUCGUCAUUCUGAACACGGGGCAUCACUGGAACCGGGGGAAAAUGAGAGAGUAUGCGCUGGAGUUUUUCCUGAAUGGGAGCCGGGCACCGCCCGUAAAAAGGAGGCCAAUGGUCAUGGCGCUGGCGCUGAAAAUCGCGAUCAGGUCGGUGUCUGUGUGGAUCGAUGAGCAGCUGAAGGGGAGCGGGGGGGAGGGAGGUUUGCUGGUGAAGCCAGGGGGAGGAAAGGGAGAGGGAGAAGGGGAGGGAGGAGAGGGAGAGCUAGAGGGGGGAGAUGGAGGAGGGGAUGGAGUGAGGCGGCAGUUGGGUUCAGGUGUGGAGCUUCCAGCUUUUGCGGCGGGUGGGGGUGCGAAGUUGAAGACGGCGAUUUUUGCGACACCGGACACGAAGCCGAUGGUGUUUCUGCGAUCGAUUACGCCGAGGCAUUUCAUGGAAGGGGAGUGGGACACCGGAGGGCGAUGCGACCAUCUCAAGCAUCCCUUUGGGGAUGUGGAGGUGGCCAAUAUGACAACAAGGGACGCUGAAAAGGAGGACGGAGUGUUGGGAACUUCAGUACACCUAUUGAACAUCACGCACCUGUCGGCGUACCGUGGCGACGCACACCCAGCCAUCUGGGAUCCCCGAUCCGAUACACCCAAGGGGCAAGACUGCCUGCACUGGUGCUUACCUGGCGUUCCUGACACGUGGAAUGAGCUGGUUUACACACACAUUGUGGAGAGGGAAAGACUGGAGAAGCGGGUUGUCCUGUAA